AUGUGUGGGAAAACCAACCGCCCAACAUAUGGAGGCACCAUUGCCGUCCUGUUUCCUCGAGGAACUGAUCAGAGCUCAACCAUUUCGCAUUCAUCAUUAUCCUCGCCACCGGAAUCAGUAUCCUCAUUUGCAUCAUCGUCGUCCACCGCCUCAAUGUCAUCAUACUCUCUUUUCUUCCGCGAUACGGAUGCAACUACCAGUAAAACUAAAGCAAUUCUCCGAAAAAAAGAUACAGAGACAUACCACGUACUCGGAAUGUCUCGAAAUGUCGAUAUACGCAUUGAGAAAUAUGGCGAUCUCUCCACUACAACACAGCCCAUCUCUCCGCUUUAUCAAUUCCACCUAAAUUCAGAACGAGACAAGAACUCUAACACGACAAAUCUAGCGGAGAUUGAGUUCGAGCUGCCCGAAAGACUGGACCUGGGCGUCUCGGAGAAGGGUAUCAUUGGCCGACAAGUUACGGUCAGAGAGCAGGGCGGUUCAAUCCUGUGGAUUGGAGUGGUGGGAUACAAUUAA